CAAAAGUCUCUGCAAUUUAACCAUUCAUAAAAUCAGCAUUGGAGAAUUGGUUUUCAACAAAUUACUAUGACUAAAUUUUCCUGUUUCGGACUAGUGACACAUUCUAAAAUUCUGCUAUAACCAACAGCCAGAUCAACAAGAAAGAUGACCUUAACUACAGCACACAGGUCUCUGACAACUACUGUUAUGACUGGGCUUAGGCCCAGAAAUGAGCAAUGCCAGUAAAUUGGCCUAGUCUUUGUUGAUUUUCACUGUGUCUAUUGUAGACAGUUUUUCAUGGGCAGUUUUUAUUUUUAAAGACAGAUUACUUAGGGGAGAAUAUAGGAUUAAAUGUGGAAAAUCAUUUAAUAAUACAAUCUCAAAAUAAAAAAGUAGUAUAAGACAAAGUUUUACCUCCUCUUUCUAGGUUCACAUAAACCACCCCCAAAAAAUGUCCACUCUCCUGGAAAACAUAAUUGCCAUCAUUGACCUUUUCCACCAAUAUUCAAAAGAAGAUAAAGAGACUGACACAUUGAGCAAAAGAGAGCUGAAGGAACUGCUGGAAAAGGAGUUUCGGCCAAUCCUGAAGAAUCCAGAUGACCCAGACACUGCUGAAGUCUUCAUGCACAUACUGGACGUAGACCACAAUGAUAAAAUAGACUUCACAGAGUAUUUGCUGAUGGUACUCAAGCUGGCUCAAGCAUAUUACCAGUCUAUUGGAAGUAAGACUUCACAUACAUCAAGGCAAAAACACAAAAGGAAUAGUCAUGGUUAUGAAGAUGAAGAUGAUGAGGUAGAUGAAGGAAUAGAAGACCAAAGGAAAAGAACUCACAGUGACUCAAGGAAAAGUGGAAGAAAACACAAUAAAGAAAGAUCCAAGAGUCCAAAACGGAACAGAAAAAUUAGGCAUAGGUCUACCUCUGGAGAAGGAGGACGAAAAGGUAAAUCAACCACUCCAACAGAAAGCAAACAACAUGGAAAAAAACAUCAGAACUCACAAGGAAAACACAAAAGGUCUAAUUCUACAGAAAAAGGAGAAAGAAGGCAAAAAGAAAGAACUGGUCAUUUAGAAAGAAAGGGAAAGAAGGGAACUGGACUGGGUUGUGACACAAAGGAAAUAUUUGCAAAACAGGAAAUGUCAAACAAUGAAGACUCAUAUUGCAGAUCAGAAGGAGAAGAGUUUACAGCACUAAAUACUCAAUUAUGGGAAAAUCAAUCAUUUGACAGGCAGCCAGCAUAUGGACAGAGGAGGGGACAAGAAUCCCACCACGAGCACUCAGGAGACAGCCCUAGAAGUUCCAGAACUGGACCUGGACACUCCAGGUCGAGGACAGACAGAUACCAAGAGGCCAGCCACAGUCAGGAAAGUGAUAGUGACGGGCAUUCAGAAGACUCAGCCACAAGAUCUCCUUCAACCCACACAGGGGCUGUCUCCCAGCAUGGCUCUACCGAAAGCAGGGAAAGAAAAACCAGUAGGCACUCAGUGUCCCAUCAAGGACACUCAGCCCAAGAAAGGCAGGCUGACAAUGCUGGUGAACACUAUGGCUCCACUACACAAGGAUCAAGAGGAGCACAUCAAGGGCAAUCAGUAGACAGCUCGCAGCAACAAGGCUCCAAGCAUAGUCAACCUUCCUCUGCUUCUAGGGACAUCAGACAUAGGGUUGCCAAUGAGAGUAGAGUCAAUGACAAUGAGCAAAACUCUGAAUCCUCAGAAAGACGGGCCAGGUUCUACCAGGUAUACAAUGAGGAUGAGUCUGACUCUGCCACUGGACAACACCAGACCAGCAGUAGAGCCACCAGGGGAUCCCGCCAAGAGCAGGAACGGGACAGUGCUAGGCAUGGGGCCUCUGAGGGCCGUCAGACUUCCACUGGCCGACAGACCCAGUCCUCCCGGGGAAGGUCUGCAUCUGGACACACAGGAAGACAAGAA